GAUGUCAACCAGCAUGUAUGCUGUGUUCAAACAAACUCAUCCACCUACGGGCGUCGAGCAUUCAGUGUACUGCAACUUCUACAACCUUCGUGAAAGAAGCCUUGUCGUUGCUGGUUCUUCAAUUCUAAAAGUAUUUCGCCUUGUUCCUGAAAAUGACUAUGCUGAACAAAAGCAUAGAGUGAAGUUGGAGCAUACACACACGUUUAAUUUGUUCGGUAAUGUUAUCUGUGUGGAAGCUGUUCGCUUGUCGACUGCAAGGGACACACUACUACUGUGCUUUCGGGACGCCAAGAUAUCUCUGGUAGAAUAUGAUCCUAGCACUCAUGACUUGAAGACUGUUUACAUCAAGUCCUUUGAAAAAGAAAAUUCAAGGUGA